AUGAGUGGUGAACCUCAAGCAAAGCGAACGAAAAUGAGUUCUUUGGAUCAGUUAAAGCAAUAUUCUACAGUAGUAGCAGAUACCGGUGAUUUUGAAGCUAUGAAAGCAUACAAACCUACUGAUGCUACUACAAACCCAAGUUUAAUUUUGUCUGCUGCUGGAAUGGACCAAUAUCAGCAUUUACUAGAUAAAGCAAUCAAAUAUGGCAAGGACUGUGGGGGUACAAUUGAUGAGCAGUUGGCUGAAACAUUGGAUAUGCUUAGUGUUUUGUUUGGCUGUGAAAUACUUAAAAUAAUUCCGGGGCGAGUUUCUGUUGAAGUAGAUGCAAGAUUAUCUUUUGAUAAGGAUGCAAGUAUGGCUAAGGCUAUAAAGUUUAUUUCCAUGUUUGCCGAGCAUGGUAUUAAAAAGGAAAGAAUUCUCAUUAAACUAGCAUCUACCUGGGAAGGAAUUCAAGCUGCUAAGGAGCUGGAAAAAAAACAUGGCAUUCAUUGCAACUUGACACUCCUAUUUUCGAUGUACCAAGCUAUUGCUUGCGCAGAAGCUAAUGUUACUUUGAUCUCCCCAUUUGUUGGGAGAAUUCUGGACUGGUAUGUUGAGCAUACAAAGAAGACCUAUAUAGCAACAGAAGACCCCGGAGUACUAUCUGUGACCCGUGUCUACAACUAUUAUAAGAAGUUUGGAUACAAAACUCAAGUUAUGGGGGCUUCUUUCCGUAAUACUGGGGAGAUAACUGAGCUAUCUGGUUGUGAUCUUCUUACUAUCAGUCCGAAAUUGCUGCAGGAACUGGCUAACAGUGAACAGCCUAUUAAAAAGGUGCUAGAUCAAAAAGUGGCCGCGGAAAGUGAUUUAGAAAAAAUAUCUUUAUCCGAAGCACAGUUUCGUUGGCAUCUCAAUGAAGACCAAAUGGCAACUGACAAAUUGUCUGAUGGAAUUCGAAAAUUCGCUGCCGAUACAAGAAAACUGGAAUCACUCAUCAAAGGAAUGCUUACUAAAAAAUAA